CACACACACACACAAAUUAAACGGGAAACUGUGAAUCACACAGAGUUGCUGAUAAUGAAACUAAAAUGUAGCCUGGUAAGCCAGACUUAACUAAAUAUAUAAUUUAAUUCAUUUCAUAAAUAUAUUAUUAUUUUUGCUAAGAAAACUUUAGGUCUAGUUCACUGGGCUAACAAAAUGGAGAUAGUUUACCUAGAAAUAGUUCCUGCUCGCACACGUGCCUGUCCCUUUAAGGGGCGUGAGAAGGAAACUGAAAGUCUUUACAACAACCUUUGUGGGUUCUACUCUCUCCUCGCGGCUGAAGUCCAGGCCUAAACCAGCUCAUAAAUGGCAUCAGGCAGCAGUUUGCUAUCUGAGGAGGAGUUUCUUUGUCCAAUCUGUCUUGAAACCUUUAACAAACCAGUGUCCACUCCCUGUGGACACAACUUCUGCAUGUCCUGUAUCACAUCCUACUGGGACAAUGCAGCUAAGUGCUGGUGUCCCGUCUGUAAGGAGACCUUUACAAGAAAACCCAAUCUGAAGGUCAACACUUUUAUUUCAGGGCUGGUGUCACAAUUCAGAUCGCUUCAUGUGACAAAUAGUUCCUUCCAGAGCACUGGCAGUGAGGUGCAGUGUGACUUCUGUAUAGAUCCUCGAAACGCUGCAACCAAAUCCUGCCUGGAGUGCCUCUCUUCAUACUGCAACGAUCAUCUGGAGUCACAUUACACAGAUUCUGCACUGAGGAGACACACAUUGGUCGGACCUGUGGCAAACUUGGUGGACAAUGUCUGCAAGGAGCAUCACAAGCUGCUGAAGUUGUUCUGCAGAGAUGACGGUGUGGUGCUGUGUGACAUCUGCGUCAGCUCACACCACACAAACCAUGAUGUGGUUCCUGUGCAGUGGGGCUACAACAAUAUGCAGGAUAUGCUGGGAGAGUUGGAGAUCAAAGUGCAACGAAAGAUUCAAGAACGUCUGCAGAAGGUGCAGAACAUGAGGACGUCAGUGGAAAAAAGCAAGAGGGAGGCUCAAGAGGUGAUGGCAAAAGGAACUCAGGACUUAUCUGAGCUGGUGUUUGAGAUGGAGAAGAUCCAGGUGGAGCUUGUCAGGGUAGUGGAGGAGAAGCGAAAAACAGCAGAAGAAGAAGCAGAGGGACUUAUUAAUCAAUUGGAGAGGGAGAUUUCUGACUUAAAGGAGACUGCAACCAAGCUGGAGAAAUUAAAACGGAGUAAAGAUCUGCCUAGUUUUCUCCAGAGCUACCAGAACCAGCCCCUUCUGCCACCCACCAUGGACCUGUCUGGAUUCGUAUUCACCAAACACCUGGAGAUACAACACACGCAUACAUCUUUAAGAAGAUCCAUUUCUCAGCUGCGGACAUUGGUGAGUCAAAUGAACAAAGAGAUAAAUCGAUUCUCCAACUGCCCGGAUGCAUCGAACGAGGUGAUGCUCCAAUACAUGCAGCAGCAUGAAGUGAACAUCGUACUCGAUCCAGAAACGGCCCACCCUCUGCUCAGCGUAUCUGCCGAUGGGAAGCGAGUCUGGUACAACAGCGGUACGGGCUUGUGGGGAAACCAGAUUCUGAGACCCAACACGUUCACUGUGCACCUCGCAGCUCUGGGACAAAGAGGCUUCUCGUCAUGUAAGUUUUAUUUUGAGGUGUUUGUGGGUCAGAAGACAGAGUGGUGCUUGGGCGUGGCCACAGCAUCCAUUCAGAAAAACGGGGCGAUGGUUCGGAAUUCUGACUGUGGACUUUGGUCUAUCUGGUUCCUGAUGGACAAGUUUGAAACGUUCAGUUCUCCAGGUGUGUCUGUGCAUGCUGGGAAAGUGGAGAAGGUUGGGGUGUUUGUUGAUUGGGAUGGAGGUGAGAUAUCCUUCUUUGACGUCGUCAAAGCAACACCAAUUUACUCUUUUACUGAAUGUUUGUUUAGCGAGGAGCUCUACCCGUACUUUAAUCCCUGUGAUAAUGAGUAUGGUUCAAACUUGGGUCCAAUGAUAAUAGUUCCUGUCAGUAGUGUAGAGUGAGCUGACAUGAGUCAUUUAUUCAGGUUGUAUUUUCAGUUUUUUCUGGAUCACUAAAAUGGUAAGAAAAUGAGGUCAUCUCACUAGACUGCUACACGUUUGAGAUGCAAACAUAAGUUGAUUUUCUCUUUGUGUCACUGAAUUUGUUCUUGUAACGCUUGACAACAAAAAAAUUGUGACACUGAAGCAUCAUUCGUGCACAUUUUCUUUUCACAGUUUGUUCACAAAAUACCGUAAUUAUGUCUGUUUGCAAGUCUUUCAAAUUUUAUUUGCUAAAUUCUCACUAACUAAACUGACAAGUGUUAAAUUUCCAGUCAGAAGGAGACGCCACUGUGGCCAGAAUGCCGGUCCGCUCCCCGUUGGACUUAGUAAAGUUGAGCUGAGAUGCCUCUCGCUGCAGUCUGCUUCCAGCAUGUUUUAUUUAGAUCAUGAACACAGCUGAUUUGUUUGAUUUAGAUAUGAGGUACUCCUGUAGACACUAAUGAAGGCGAGGAGACGUAUAUUUCACUAAUCUUUUCCGAACUGAUCUGUGGGGGGUGCAAGCCAAAAUGACCUAGUAUCCCUUAACCAAAAAUAAAAUUGCAAUGGAUGGCUAAAUGACAAAUUGCUUACUUUUAUCUGAAUUUAAUCCUUCAUAACUGAGAUUUAGUUAUCAGAUUUGUUUUUAAUCCCUCAUGUGCAGCUAGUCAUUUAAACAGAGGGAUUCCACUUGGAAGCUUAAAACUUUGUUUAUUUUCAUUUUAUUGUGAUUAAUAUCCAUAUUUUACAUAUUUUUUAAAAAUGUUUUUUGUGCUGUGUUGUUUAAAAUAUAUAAAUUGUGUGCCUUUUGUUCAGUAAUCAAACCUUAAUAUACUCAGAUUAAAUUUAAAUAAAAGAAUAAUGUAAACCAA